GCCAGACACCGAGCAAGAGGCAGAGGCAGGAGCGCAGCUGAGGCUGGCAGAGGCGGUGGGGAAUUGAGUCCCAGAGAGAAGGCAAGGGGGCUGCGAGCAGGGGCUGGGCUCUCAGCACCCAGCCGCUCCAGGAGGCGCUCGCCCCGAGAAGGAAGCUGGCAGGCAGGCAGGCCUUGGCCAGAGCUCCUUAAGUCUCAGAGGGGCAUUCCCUGGGAAGACGGCCCUGGGCGCACCCUGCCACCAGCAGCUGCCUGGAAGAGACCUGAAGGGGGCGACACCCUGCUCGUGCAGUUGAAAAAAACCCAAAAUCUGCAAGGACCACUGUGGGGGAAAGUUUGCUACAUCUUCUCAACGUGAUCCUAUUGGGAACGAGCCUCUUGUGCCUAAAGAAAGACUUUUAAGAGUAGCCCAGAAGCCAGGUGGCUUAGACAACAAGCCGCUCUUCCUGAAAGGAAAUUGCAAGGCGCAAUGACUGAGAACUCUGCCACGGCGCCUGCUGCCAAGCCCAAGCGGGCCAAGGCGGUCAAGAAGUCGACGGACCACCCCAAGUACUCUGACAUGAUUGUGGCCGCCAUCCAGGCCGAAAAGAGCCGGGCCGGUUCCUCUCGUCAGUCGAUCCAGAAGUACAUCAAGAGUCACUACAAGGUGGGCGAGAAUGCGGACUCCCAAAUCAAGUUGGCCAUCAAGAGGUUGGUGACUACAGGUGUCCUCAAGCAGACGAAAGGGGUCGGUGCCUCAGGCUCCUUCCGCCUGGCCAAAGGGGACGAACCCAAGAAAGCUCCGGUCAAGAAGGCCAAGAAGGAAGUCAAGAAGGCUACAACACCCAAGAAAGCAGCUAAGCCCAAGAAGGCUGCUGCCAAGUCGCCAGCCAAGAAGCCCAAGCCUGCAGCGAAGAAAGCCAAAAAGAAGCCCGCACCUGCUCCCAAGAAAGCCAAGAAGCCAAAGACUGUCAAGGCUAAGCCAGUGAAGGCGUCAAAGCCUAAAAAGGCAAAAGCAUCAAAACCCAAAGCAAAGUCCAGUGCAAGGAAGUCGGCCAAGAAAAAGUAAAGUGCAAGCUUUGGACCUUCUUUCUUGGACAUUCUUCCUGACUUCUACUCUGUAAAUAGAUUUCUCCUUUAUUCUCUACUCCUUUCUAUUGCAGCUUUAUAAAAGACUGAACUAUUUCCCCCUAUAGUAGUUUAAACCAAUUACUUAAAACAUCCAUCAAUACGGAAAGCUCAAUUUUUUGUUUUGGAUUCCCCCCUCCCCUGAUUGUAAUUUUAAAGAUAUUUUUAUGUGCUCAUCUUUCCUCCCUCUUAAAGGUAUGCAAUACUUGUUUGUCUUUUAAGCAUGAGGGAAGAAAGUCUGAUAGGGGUAUUCUGAAUAUUCCUACUUGCUUGGAGAAGAUUUUAGGAAAAAUAAAGACCUUCCUUAGCAGAGGCCCCUAAAACGCUGGGUUUGAGAAACAUAACCAUAGUGGAAGCUGUCAGCUACCUGCAACGGAGUCCUGUAACUUGCUUUUUAAAAAAGAAAAAAAUGACUUCAGAUUUUUUCAAGGAUGGUUAUGAUUCUGCUGUAGCUAAAUGCAAGUAGGAUUUUGUGUUUUAGCCCUGGUGAGGGCUGGAUAGGAGACUGAUCAGCUUUCCACUGACUUCGUUCUUUCAAAGAACUGUGUGCUGUUAUUUGCGGGGAGAGGGAUUUAAAUGGGAUCAAUGAAAAAUUCUGCCAAUAUUUGGAAUCCCCUGUUUAAAAUAUGUACAGAUUGACUGCACUGAUGUGGAGAGAGUGAAGAUUUUAAUUUCUCUUCCAAAGAAAUUUAGGAAUAGGCGAGUGGGUGUUUUUUCUUGGAGUCUGACCACUAUCUUGGUUCUGGCAACUUCAAGGGAAGGUAUAAAUGAAAACUGUCCUUUAUUUACCGUCCAAAUACUUCCCAACCCUACAGUGCCUGCCUCCUAAUCCACAGCUUACAUUCCCCCUUCCAAAGCAAUCUUUACUUUUUCAAUUGUGGGUCUUGAACCAGCGAGGGAGGGUGAAUGAAUGUAGAGGGGUGAUGGACAUGUAGCCAAUAUUGAACCUACUGAGGUAGCUUUAUGAAGCUGUGCAUUAUGAUUGCUUAGGUUUGGGGUGCUUUUUUCCCAUGGGGAAUGGAAAGAAUAAUUUUUCAGUCCUCCAGUUAUAUAUAUAUAUAUAUAUAAAAUUAAGUAUGCUUGUUGUUUAAACAAAGUAAAAUUCUCAUAGGAUUGAUACCUGAUUGUCCAUUUUAUUUUGUAUGUGUCAUUUUGUGCAAGAAGGAUUUAGCUGUCUUUGUAAUUUUAGGGUUUAAAAUAAAAUUGAAACAACGUA